UGCGGUUCUACUUCGUUUGAUUCUUAAGUUCAGAAGAUAAGAUUCGAGCAAUUUUAUUUUUCUGGCCAGAAACUUCACAGAGAAGAGAAAGUUUUGCUUGAAGAAUUGAAGUCGCUGCAAUUUAUUUAGUUUACAGAUUGUGGAAUUUCGUCCGAUGGCUCCGACAUUUUUAAAAAUCUAUGGAAGAUUUUUUAGACGUUCGGUCCACCCCUAAAUUGUCGUCUGCGCUCCUUGCGACAUCUGUGUUUGUUCACGUGAUUGGAUUCUCGUCCAACCAUUGGUCAGACGGAGGGGUGUUCUAUACUGGACUCUGGAAGGCGUGUAUCCUUACGCCUAGAUUCCAUUGUCUGGAGGACCCAUACACUGCAGGUUGGUUUGGAGCCACCCAAGCUUUUGAAACAAUCGGACUGAUUGCUGGAUUUGUGGGGCUGAUCCUGAUCAUCCUAUACAUAUUCAUAAGCAAAACAGCGGGAAACCGAGUCCUGUUCAUCAUAAGUUUGGUGACAGUAGGAAUUGCAGCGGGAUCUACUCUCCUAGGAAUCAUUAUUUAUGGCGCAAACGGAAGCGCCCUUUCGUGGUCAUUCGCGCUGGCUGUCAUCGCCGGACUAAUAUACGGUGUGGCUACAGCACUGAUGGCCAUCCAUCUGGUCAAACCAAGCCUCGUCCAGGGAUGAACCUGCGAAGCCAAAUAUAGUCUGUGAGAUGAGGUGUUUGCUGACAGAUCUUGAUAAAGAGGCGGCGCAAUUCCCACUAUAACAUGAUAAUGAUAAAUUAGAUAUACAUGUAGAUGUAUUUUUGAAAAUCUCAUAGUUAAAGUAUUUUAGGAAAUAAAGUUACGAAUGAAUGUGUA